AGAGCCUCGCGGCAGACACACCUACAACUCUUGCGAUGGAAGUGCGCUUGGUUCUAGGCUCGGCAGAGAGGGGGUCCCGCUGGCUGCUGCGGCCCACAAUCAGAGCCCUCGCAGCGGGGAGAACGGCAGGAACCGCCCCUGCUGUGUCCGUCUCUGCCAACCAGGUCAAACUGAAAAGUGAAGAGGACCUCGCAGAAAUAACUGCCCUGCAGAUGUUGUACCGGAUGACGUUUAAAGGGUACCUGAAAACAAUGCAUGAGCUACAGGUGUAUGAGAAGCAGCUGCAUGGCCCCAUUUACAAGGUCAGGGUGGGAAAGUACAGAGCCAUUGUUCUGAACAGCGCGGAGCUCUUGGAGGAGCUGCUGAGGAAAGAUGAAAAGUUUCCCUGUCGGGGUGACAUGACUCUGUGGACGGAGUACCGUGACAUGAAGGGACUCGGCUACGGACCUUUCACAGAUCUGACCUCAUUCACCAUCUGCCACUACUCCAUAAGCCAGGAUGAGAAAACCUUCCCUGAGCCGCACAAGUUCAGACCAGAACGCUGGCUGCGGGAUGGCAGGCAGCGACCCAAUCCCUUUGGCUCUCUCCCGUUUGGGUUUGGGGUGCGGGGCUGCGUUGGCCGCAGGAUUGCAGAGCUGGAGAUGCACCUUGCUCUGUCACGGAUAAUCAGUCUGUUUGAAAUCAGACUAGACCCUCACAUUGGGGAAGUCAAAGCUCACAAUCGCACUGUCCUGGUGGCGGACAGACAGGUCAAUCUGCACUUCGUGGAAAGGAAUGGAACCUCUUCAAACUGAAUACCUGCAGAAUGAAGUUUCCAAGCAACAGGCAACAGAUAACAAUAAGCUGAGUUGUCAGAAUUUUCUGAUCUUCCUUCUCAAUGAACAAGGUUUCAGUAAAGAGGGGUGAGAAAGUUCAAUUAGCAGUGAAAAAUUCAAACACCUUUCAAUUUCCAAAGAAUUCUAGCCUACCUCCAGGAAACUCGGUGUUACUAAUUGACCCUGACCUGACAUUUGAGCGACCAGCAAAACAAUUCUGUCUAGUCCUGCUACCAAAUGAGAGAUAAUAAACUGGCCAUGGAUGAGCAAUAUUCAUGGCCAGUUUAUUUGGUGUACUUGCUCGUUAACGCAAAUAGCCUGCUACUCCAACAGUGAAUCAUGUGGCCGAAACUCAAUGUAUAACAUACAGUAUGUAGACAUAGUGAAGAGGUUUUAUUUAUUUUUCAACUAAAUAUUAGAAUGGGCAGGAUGCAUGAAUUAACUUUGACCAUGGUAUGAUUGGUGGUGCUAGACGUGGUGGUUACAGCUGUCUUUGUGAGAUUUUCAGGCACUGAAGUCAAAAGUUUAUAGAGAAUGCUGCAAAAAAAAAAAAACAGCAGUGGUACAGACUACGUACAGACAUUAGGAAGAAUGUUGUCAUGCAGAGUGUAGUCAAUGUGUGGAAUAGCCUGCCAGGUCACGUAGUAGAGGCAGAAACUCAGGGAUUUUCAAGAUCAAGCUUGAUACACUGUUAGAUACUAUAUAGUCUGUAGGUAAUCAGAGCACCAGGUACAAUUUAAUCAGGAAAAUGGCAAGCAUUGUUGGGCUGAAUGGCCUGUUCUCGUCAUUUUGUUGUGUUAUGUUAUGUUAUGGUGUGCAGA